AUGGAGUACUUCGACUUUGAUGAAGCUGCUCGACAGAACGGCGAGAUCUUCCGCUACACCGAGGUUGCUGAUCAAGACUUUGGCAACACCGCGCCUCAUCCUGCAUCCUCUUCCGGCCAACCUGGCGAGACACACCAGCCCUCAGACCUCGAUGGAGUCUAUCCUAUGCACCGUGUGAAGGACCCCUGCUACUUCUGCCGUUGUAUGGGACUGGAUUGUGUCGUUGCUCAAAGGGGUGUUAUGCAAAACGCCUGCACUUGUUGCAUUGCUUUAUACCGAAAGUGCAGUUUUAUUCGUCCUCCAUCUAAAGAAAAUAACGUCGAUACUCAACAAUCCGGGUCUGAAACCAGCUCUACCAAAGGACACUCGUCACCGAGCCAACCACCUAAUCCUGGAAACAUUAUCAAUCGGUCAAAAGAUAUAGAACAACCACCCAGGAAAUCCGGGGUCAGAUUCUCACUUAAGGCCGUCAAGAUCCUGAAGACCUGGAUCUCAGAGCACGCUUCUCAUCCGUAUCCAACUGACGCUGAGAAGGACGAGCUUAAAGAGAAAACUGGGUUGAACCGAAGCCAAAUUUCUAGUUGGCUGGCAAACGCACGUCGAAGAGGAAAAGUACGACCUCCACCUCGCAGUACUUCUCCCUACCCCGGGGCGAUAACCAUCCCUGGAAAGCGUCUUCCUCCUGGGGUUGAUAUCUCCGAGCUCAACCCCCUCGAGAGAUGGAAACAUUCCCCACCGGAAAACGAAGCAGCUUCAGCUAGAGAUAUCAUUCAGGCCAUGGCUACAAGUUCUUUCAUCUCUCACCUGGAAUCUGAUUUCCCUCAUUUAAAAUCACACUCACGACACACUGAUUCUAGCAACGACGAUUCUUUCUCCAAUAAAUUAACUGCACAUUCAAUUAGCGGCUACAGCGCAGAUACCAAUAAGUCAAGUCUAUCCGACAUGUCAUUUGCUUCAGCCUUCUCGCACCGUUCGCGCGGCUCAUGGAACUCGACUGAAAACCGUGAACGUCGUCGUCGACGUCAUAAAUCCGCAGCGGCACCGAACCCUUUUCAGAAAUCUAGGGUUGCCCGAAUCUUCCAAUGUACCUUUUGCACGGAUUCCUUUCCAACCAAAUACGAUUGGCAGCGCCAUGAGAAGUCGCUGCAUCUCGCCCUAGACAAGUGGACGUGUGCACCCAAUGGUGGAAUAAUCACUAAUGGCAGUGGUGAGCUUGUUUGUGCUUUCUGUAACCAUCCUAACCCGGACGAGGACCAUCUAGAAUCACAUAAUUUUAGCACCUGCCAGGAGAAAUCUGUCCAGGAACGGACAUUCUACCGCAAGGACCACCUGAACCAGCACCUACGUUUGAUGCAUGGUGUGAAACUCGCCCCAUGGAUGGAUGCCUGGAAGAGUACGACAACUAAAAUAAAGUCAAGAUGCGGGUUCUGUUCGGCAGCCUUCAACACUUGGAAAGAACGUGUCGACCAUCUUGCAGCACAUUUCAAGGCUGGGACCGAGAUUUCCCAGUGGCGGGGUGACUGGGGAUUUGAACCACAUAUUGAGGAGUGCGUUGAAAAUUCCAUGCCUCCCUACCUUAUUGGGCAAGAGAGGAACACGCUAGAUCCGUGGGUAGCUUCCAAGGCCUUCAACUUGGCAAAGUAUGGACGCAAUUUUAGCAAAGAACACAAAGUGGCACCAAGCGAAGAUACCGGAAUGUCAGCACUUGGAAUGCCCUUUCGCACAGAUGCUAGCUGCUUCCGACGAUUAGAAAAAGAGCUUUCCGCCUACAUUGCGCGGCUCUUUGAUGAAGGUGUCACACCCACCGAUAAAUUACUACAAUCGAAGGCUAGACUGAUUGUUUAUGGAAGUGAUGAUACCUGGAACCAAACCUGUGCAGAUAACCCAACAUGGCUGAAGGUUCUCAAACGGAACAAUGGGCUUGAAGACUCCUCGGAUACAGAAGACAUCAAACUUGAAGAUCUAGGCAUGCAGCCACCAUUUGCCGCAGAUGGAGGUCUACGACAGGCGCCAGCUCAUUCCACCAAGCCUCGGCAGGCGCUGUCGGGGACUUUAUCUCCCCCGUCUGGCUUCGAGUCAUCAACCACCAGCAAUCCAGCAAGCAUUGCGGGUAGCACUAGGAAUAACUCAGACUUCUGUUUCAAAGACGGAAGCAGGAGCGGAAGCAGUGUACAAAAUUACACCCCUUCCCCUGGCUCCCACAGCCCACAUAACCUUAACUUUCCAAGCCCUAUGUCCGUCCAUUCUCAUGGGGUGAAUAACGAAACCGCUGCAGUCGACCCUCUCUUAGAGAUGGGUUUUGAUGUCGACUUCCUCCAACAAUUGAAUGAUGGGUACGGCGAUCUUGGCCGUGUGAUUGAUAGCCUCGAACUGCAAGGGCUUGGGUACACUGGAGCCACCCUACACAACAACGGAGUGUUCAACAUUCAAAAGAAUAACAACAACAAUAACAACAACAAUACUUUCGACAAUGUCUCGACUACCGACUCAACGCCUGUCACUCCUCAUUCCGGAAUGGCUAUGACUUCGCCAGAGGCAAUCUACAACAUGGUAUCUUCUGGAGGAUCGGUUGAACCUACUACAGAUGGCUACAGGGGGGAGUUGAACUGA